AUGGAACUCUUGGGUCCUUCUAAUCGCUACGAUUUUAUUGUUGCUAAGAGAUGGAAGCUCAUACGGAAAAUUGGGGCUGGAUCUUUCGGCGACAUAUAUCUUGGUCUAAACAUCGCUAAUGGUGAAGAGGUUGCUGUUAAACUGGAACCCAUGAAUGCCAGACAUCCACAACUGGUCUAUGAAAGCAGGAUCUAUCGCCUUCUUCAGAACACUUUUGCCGUUCCUCGAAUACACUGGUUCGGCUCUGAUGGAAUGAAGAACGAUUACAGAGCCUUGGUGAUGGAUCUCCUGGGUCCAAGUCUAGAAGACCUCUUUAACUACGUUGGUCGAAGGUUCACCAUGAAAACAGUUCUCAUGCUGGCUGAGCAAAUGCUCUGGCGUGUUGAAUAUGUUCACUCUAGAAAUCUUAUCCAUCGUGAUAUUAAACCGGAUAAUUUCCUGAUGGGAAUUGGCCAAAGAUGCAACAGACUAUUUCUAGUUGACUUUGGCCUCGCCAAAAAAUACAGAGACAGUCGCACAAAGGUGCAUAUACCAUUCCGGGAUGACAAGAAUCUUACCGGUACUGCCAGAUACGCGAGCAUUAACGCUCAUGCUGGCCAUGAACAGUCAAGACGCGAUGAUAUUGAGUCUCUGGGAUAUGUAUUUAUGUAUUUUCUUAGAGGUCAACUUCCAUGGCAGGGCUUACGGAGCCCUAUCGCUCACUCCGUAGGAUUCGAUCCGAGUGCUGUCUAUCCUCGUGUUCACCAGCCAGAAGAUGGUAGUUCAAUGGCUGCGACAAAGAAGCAAAAGUACGAGAGGAUCUACGAAAAAAAACUGGCCACAUCUCCGGAGCAACUGUGUCGAGGUUACGCAGUGGAAUUCGAGACCUACCUACAGUACGCACGUGAAUUGGUGUUUGAGGAACCUCCAGACUACCUUUUCUUGAGAAGACUGUUCCGCAAGCUUUUCAAGACUUACGACUUCGCCUGGGAUUCUGUCUACGACUGGACCCUAAUGAAACAGAAGCCAGCAGCUCUGUCCUCUUCUAGCAACGCUGCUGGUGGUCACCAUCAAACUACUGCGACUCCUGCUGGAGGUGGCUGCAACAAUAACAACAGCAGCAAUCAACAGCAGAUGUCUAUGCUGCAGCAGGGUGGUGCCGAUAGUCAACAGGUCGCAAACUAUCGUCGGCAAUACGUGGAGGAAACGUUCAACAACUCGGGCGUUGACUACGCACAACAGGCUGCUCAGGGAGGAGCCGCAGCAGCGCCAUAUAAGGAUCCUAACGCCAGGUUCUGA